GGAGCGGGCGCGGGGGAAGAUGGAAGGAGCGUCCUUCGGAGCGGGCCGGGCGGGGGGGGCCAUCGACCCCGUGGAUUUCCUGAAGCAGCCGCAGACCCUCCUCCGGGUGACCACCUGGAUCUUCUCCAUCGUGGUGUUCGGCUCCAUCGUGAACGAGUGCUACGUGAACAAGGACAGCCAGCACCCCGAGCUGCUCUGCAUCUUCAACGAGAAUGAGAGUGCCUGCAGCUACGGCAUCGCCGUGGGCAUCAUCGCCUUCUUCGGCUGCAUCUUCUUCUUCGUGGUGGACCUGUACUUCCAGCAGAUCAGCAGCGUCAAGGACCGCAAACGGGCCGUGCUGCUGGACCUGGGCUUUUCAGGUUUCCUGGCCUUCCUGUGGUUUGUAGCUUUUUGCUUCCUGGCAAACCAGUGGCAGAGGACGACGCUGACCAGGGGCUUCUCGCAGGGCGCCGACGCGGCGCGGGCAGCGAUCACCUUCUCCUUCUUCUCCAUCAUCAUCUGGGUGGUGCUGGCGCUGCGGGCGCUGCAGCGGUACCGCCUGGGCACGGACAUGUCCCUGUUCGCCACCGAGCAGUUCGGCACCGACCCCAGCGCCUCCUACCCCGGCUACCCCGGCGGCAGCGGCGUGGAGAGCACGGAGACCUACCAGAGCCCCCCCUUCACCGAGACCUUAGAGCCCAACCCCAAAGGUUACCAAGUGCCAGCGUACUGAGGGGCUGGGGCGCUGCCACCCCUGCCCAGUCCCAAAUGUAUCCGGUCCCGUUUCCCUGCCGUGGCGAGUCAGCGCCGGGUCCCUUUAUUAGCUCGUUGUGCAGUGAAUUCUGUACAGUGGUAUUGGUUCUUGUCUUACCUGUCCCAGGGUUUCUAAAAGCAGUGUUCCCUCUAAGCCAGGAGGAAGGAAGGUUGGUACCACAUCACCUACACGUGGGGAAGAGGAGGAAAUGCCCCCUCUGAGCUCUGCUGGGGAAGCCCAGGACGCCUUUUCCUCUUAGAAAACAGCAGAGGAAUUAUGAUCUCGUUCUUCCAGAGCUAACA